AUAGAAGGCGAAUUCGAGGAUCAGCACGACGGUGUCCUCCCCAAUUCAACUUCGCCGCUAUUUUAUUUUAACGAAGGGUACUUCGUGGAUUACGUGGCUGCACCUGCAUGCAUCGGGGUUCUAGGCCUCGUCUCCGAUGCGGCCUCUAUUACUAGAGUUGUAGCUGAAACUCAGAUCAAUGCAUACGUAAUUCCUCGGGCACGGGUCUCGGAAGCAAUGAGCAUUUUCAACCGCCCGCCCAGCUUCCUCUACCACAUUUGGCACCACAUUGCCAGGGUCGUCGCUUCACUUGUUCUACAGACGGACACAAAGUAUCAGACCUGGCCACUGGAGAAGAUAAGCCGCCGCCUGGAAUCUUUCCUCCUUCCCGACUUGUCAGAGUGCAACCGGUUCCAGUUGACGUCCGAUAUCCAAGAAGCGGUCCUGGUACAGGGCAUCGCACUCGACACAGAGACCCAAGACCUAUACACUGCCCCCGUGUGCUUGCCAUCGAAACCCAUGAGACUUGUAUUUCCGCAGACAAGAGAGACAAGGGUACGAAACGUGCUCCUAUUGGUCGCAGAGGAUACCUACAAGGUUCCCCUGGAGUAUGAUUGGCUUCAGAAGAAGUCUGGGGAUGAGGACCGCGAAGCGGAGUAUAAUGAGCGCUUUUGGGGCCGUGAGAGAGGAUUCGACCACGAGGGCUCACUGAAGCAGUACAGCGUGGAACCUUCCAGCCUAUAAUACGAAUAAAUACGUUCAGUGUUUGGCA